GCUUCACCUUCGUCUGUCUUCUCCGCCUUCUGCUGUCAUUCAAGCUGCCGACUACUGCCGCCCCCGCCUUGCGAUCGCCGCGCCAUUCCUCUUCAGGCAGCCCGAUCGACGCGUUGACGGCGAUGCGAUGUCUUUAAAACGGUCUCGAUCUUAUCAUAUCGUCUCGUCUCCAGAUACUUUUUAACUCCUGCUAUUGCGCUCUGCUUCACGAGUUAUAUAUACAUAUGUCUAUCAGUUGACUGCUCCCUCCUCCUCACAGUUAUCGCACCUGGUUCCGAAGAAGGCAGAACAGAACCUGUCACGCGCUCGCCCUCGUUCGCGAUUCAUGAGUAUCUAUCUAGCUCAGAAAUAUCCAACUUACAGGGCAGUGUCAAAGUCAGAUUGUCAUUGGGGAACAACUUUCUGUCCCCCUCCAGCCUACUAUCACUAUGGCCCGCAGCGAUCAUAAACCAUCCAGCGAGCGCAAUGUCAAGCACGUCGUGCUAGGAGACCUCCUCUUCAAGACCUGGUACCAAUCAAUAUACCCCGAAGAACUCGUGCCAAAAAACACAGAUCGGCUCUAUGUCUGUCGCUGGUGUUUCCGAUAUUCAUGCGACGUCCACGCCUAUGCAGGCCACACCCGUGUCUGCCAGUAUCGAACAACCCCUCCCGGAGUGCAAGUCUACGAGCAUGACGGAUAUUCAGUCUGGGAGGUAGAUGGGGAGGACUCGAAACUCUUUGCGCAGAAUCUGUCGCUAUUCGCGAAACUGUUCCUCGAUCAUAAAUCCGUCUUCUUCGACGUUUCUUCCUUUCUGUACUACAUUCUCACCUAUGUCGACCCGGCCGAUCCGGAGAAUUACUAUAUUCUAGGGUAUUUCUCUAAAGAAAAGCUAUCAUGGGAUGCAAACAACCUUGCCUGCAUCCUCAUAUUUCCUCCAUACCAACACAAGCAGCUCGGAAAGCUUCUCAUGGGCGUGAGCUAUAAACUAAGCGGCUGGGAAUGGGAAGGGGGCGUUAUCGGCGGGCCUGAGAGGCCAUUGAGCGAAAUGGGACGCCGCAGUUAUUGUCGCUUCUGGGAGGAACGGAUCGCUAGGUAUUGCCUAGUUGGCCCGCCAGGAGGAGGCCAGGAGGAGCUGGUGCAACAGAAGCAGAGCACAGGCAAAGGGGCGAAGAAGCGUCCCGCUCGCCAACGGAUGACAGUCCGCGAAAUCGGACUGGCUACGGGUAUGUUAACGGAAGACGUGAUCACAGCUCUGAAAGGAAUGGGUGUUGUGGAGCCGCAGCAGGGCAACAAGAAGCGCAAAAUAGCAUCGUCAGCUGCAGAGGAACUUGCUCAUAGUGAGACUGUGACGGUCCGCAAAUCGAACGUGCUUGAGUGGGCCAAGAUCCACGGCGUCAGUCUCAGGGAUCCUGUGAGAGAAGAAGGGUUCCUGGGACAAUGGGCAACGGGGAAUAUGCAAUCUAGUGGCCAUUCAGGGUCAGAAGGAGAGAGUGACUGAUCAGGUGGCAGUAUGUCGCUUCUAUGGAUACUUGGGUCUGCAUGGUUGGGACGGCGAGGAUGCUAAAGAUGAUACCCCUUUUAUAUUUUUUCUAAUGUCAGUUUGAAAAUCUGUUAACCUGACACUACCUGUCUGGUCAUACAUAUAUGAUA